AUGGCUAGAAAUGAGUCGCAAUCGCAGCCUAGCAGCUCAAAUGCGAGUCAAUCCGUUCAAAAUGGUGUGCCGAAGCAUGCGAAAAUAUCCGUGAAAGUUAUUUCGGCAAAACUCACUCUAAGUGGAGGAUUUUUGAGUAAACCAGCUGAUUCGUAUGUUGAAGUUAGCGUCGAAGGUACUCAAUCAAGUAAGAAGACGUCUGUCAAGAAGAAGACCAACAGUCCCGAAUGGGAUGAGUCUCUGUCAUUGCCGGUGACAGACGCUUCUGUUCUUCUCUUCCGUGUUUAUAAUCGUGCAAAACUCUUCGAUGAUCCACUGAUUGCUCAGGCCCAGACAAAAAUCGCUUCCAUACCGAAAUUGGAUAGCGGAGAAUGUGAGUAUCGAUUUUUGGUUUGUUUUUCUGCUGAAUGCAUUACAUAG